AGAGAGAGAGAGAGAGAGAGAGAGAGAUUUUGGCGUGUUUGGUGUUUGGGUGGAAGAGAUGGGAUUUUCCAAGGGCAGUGGUUUUGUUUCGGUGUUGGUGUUGGUGUUGGUGGCGUUGGUUUCGGUGGCGGUUGUGUCGGGUCAGGACCUGCCAACGUGCGUGGCGAAGCUUGUACCAUGCGCUCAGUACCUGAACUCGACCACGCCCUCCGAAACGUGCUGCUCCUCGAUACGGGAUGCCAUCCAAAACGACUUUGAGUGCCUCUGCAACCUCUUCAACAACCCCGAUUUAUUCAAAUCCCUCAACAUCAAUAUCACGCAAGUCCUUCAAAUCCCCAAGCACUGCGGCAUCAUCACCGAUAUCAGCCUUUGCGAUGCCCCUGCUCCCGCUCCCGCUCCCGCACCAAAUGCUCCCGAUGGACCUGCAGGUACGAUCCUUCCCUCACACACGAGAAAUGCUAAGCGACACGUGUGGACGAAGUCCCGUUCGUUCUUAUAGUUGACAACGCCUGCCAAAAAAUCAGGAAGGUCCGGUCAUCAGUUGUGCUCCACGGACGAAAGAUUGAAGACUGGAAAUUGACCUAGGGCCCACAAAAAUCUUAUACUUGUGGCGAAGUCAUUGACUGGACCAACCUGGUUUUACAUCUACACCAAGUACGAAGUGCGUCCCACUAGAUAAACGGAUCGGAUUUCUCAGCCACUCACUAAUUGUUUGCGAAGGCGUACGUCCAAAACGAAUACACGCGCAGCAAGCCAUGCACUACAUAUCUUUCA